GACCUUGAAUGCAGCACAGACACGUUGAGUCUGUGAGCAAACCGAAUACUGCGAGUCUCCAGCAACAUGCUCCUGUUCAUGGUGGUGGUGAUGCUGUGCACGGAGGUCACGGUGAAGACCUGGGCUCAGUCCCUGUGUGACCCACUGACUCAGUAUGAGGAGGCCGGUCAGUGCUGCAAGAUGUGUGGUCCAGGCACCAGGAGGAUGAGUCAAAGCACUUGUACGGAUCCUCAGUGCGCAGAGUGUGGGAACCGUGAAUAUCAGGAUAAGUACACCAGGGAAGCCCAGUGUAAACGUCAGCCAUACUGUGACCCGAAUAAAAACCUGCGUGUGACCAAGCCAGAGAGCAAGACGAAGCAAAGCCCCUGCAUCUGCCUGCUGGGUUUCCACUGCUCCAGUGGCACGUGUGUCACCUGUGUGCCGCACGCAACAUGUAAACCAGGACAAUGGGCCAAAAUCAAAGGCAACCUGACCCACGACACCGUGUGUGAGAACUGCCCCGAGGGCUCGUUCUCCACCAGCCACUCCUGGAGCAGCGUGUGCACCAAGUGGACGGAAUGUGAGAGUGGAUACCACAUCCAAGAGAGUGGAACAAACGAAUCUGACAACAUAUGCGUGGAACCUCCGCGGCACCAUGGAGGUCUGAUUGCAUGUGUUGUUGCAGUUGGCAGUUUGGCUGUAGUUGGACUCAUGGUUUGUCUCUGCAAAGGAGAAACAAAACAAAGGGCAAAGGAUUAUCUGGAAUCGUGCCAUGGAGACAAGGAGAACCUACAGAGAGAGCCCAGCCUAGUGUUGUUCACCACGCUCGAUGAGACCGAAAACCAUGAACUGCUGCCGUUCACAGAGGAGGAAGAGAUGAAGAUACCGGAGGAAAACCACGAGGACCAAAGGGAGGAGCAGUUGGUGGAUGCUGUUCUCAGUGACAAUGGACAGUGUGUGACACAGGAGAGGGGUAAAGACGAAAUCCAGCCCCAGCAGGAGACACAAGUGCAGAUGUGCACAGACUAAAAAAAAAAAUUCCUCAUUUGGAAUCGUAGAUUACAUACGAUGUUAAUGUUAUGACUCAUAUUUCACUUGCACUUAAUUCUCCUUGUGUGAAUGUACUUUAUGUAAAUAUAUUAGUGUUAACCAUACAAUUGAAACUGCUGCAGUAGUGUCACGAUGUUAGAGCGUUGCACGCUAACUGACUCACUGUAUUGGGUGUUUUGUAGUUGAGGGCCUGUUCUUCGUUUCACUUUGCUGUAGUCAACAACUUAGUCUUUAUUCUGGACACAAUAUUUGUGUUGAUAUUUGGACGUGGUACAAAAGUGUGUAACUGAAGUACUAGUGCAGCAUUAAUACAAUUUAUUUAACUGCAUCCCUUAGACCUCAGUACACCCAUGCUUGACCCUCACCUCAAACAAAAUGGAGACAAUUCCCAUGAAGCUUUGGGGUGUGAUAGUGCGAUCUUUAUCCUCCGACCUCCGAGGUUUAACGGAACUCGGCAGGAGCUCUGACCUGUGAACUCAUCUACGAAGAUGAAGUUGUCUGACGUCACAGAACUAUGGCGCCUCUCAUGGAGACGUAGAUACAGUUGCCUCCUGUGUAUUUUAAUGUGUUUCCUGAUCUUAAAAGUGUCAUAAAAUAAAAUGUAUAAUGGCGUCUGUUGCCUCAUGCGUCGUUUUGUCUAUGUAAGUUUAUGUAAGAGCGGAGGCUGCACUGGUCACAGUUUAAAUGUCUCAUCACAACGACAAACAAACAUCAGCCAUGUUUGUCCACGCUGCGCCACACGCACCGUGAUAUCCGUGUUAUCUUUAAAGUCUCAA